GCCUGGGCAAGCGACCAUGGCUGUACUGGCGUUGCUGUUCGUGCUCGUGCAAAGCCUGAUCCAGUACCCGCAGCCAGCUGGGGAUGGGCUGGAUGAGGCCGAGCACCGGCGAAUGCAGGAGCGUCAGGAGCUGCUGGACCACAAGAUGGCUCGGCUGCUGCAGGAGCUGGAGCAGCAGGAGCAGGGCUGGGGAGCCGUGCUCUUUGGUGCUCUGCAGCAGUGGCCAUUCUGGGCUCUUGCUGGAGUCCUGCUCCUCUUGGGCCUGUGGUUCAGCUGCGUGAGAAGGAAACAUGAGUCCAGCAGCAGUGGCAAGGAGCAGAGCUCCUGCAAGACUAUAUCAGAUAUGAGAGGACAAGAACAGGAAGGAGUCACUGUUGUUUCCAAGGAAGGUGGAGAAAACAGGGAUGUGACUGUGGAGGCUGACGACAGCAGCAGAGAAGGAAGUCCUGUGGCUACAAGUGAAGGAGAUGACUAUGAUACCAUUGAAGGCAGUGAUGAUGUGAAGGUGAAGGAAGACAGUGAUGUUAAUGGUGAUGACUUAAAGACAGAUGAAGGACAGAGUGAUGGGAAUGUGCCAGGAGACAAAACUGAAGGAAGUGAAGAUGAACCUGGUAAUGUUGCUGUAAAUGCGGAGGGCCUAAAUGAAGGAAAUGAAGGAGAAAACAAGGAUGUGCAGGUGGAGCAAGAGAAGGAUGCUGGCAAGGAAGAAGAAGGAGAUGGAAAUGAAGAAAAAUCCCGUAUUGAAACUAUGAAGGCAGGCAACAAUGAUGACGUUAAUGAAGACGAAAAUGGCAAUGUUGCUGGAAAUAUGGAAGACGUAGAUGACAGAAAUGAGGGAGGAAACAAGGAUGUACAGGUGGAGCAAGGCAAGGAUGCUGGCAAGGAAGAAGGAGAUGAAAAUGAAGAAAAAUCCUGUGGUGCAAAUAUGAAGGCAGGCAACAAUGAUGACGUUAAUGAAGACGAAAAUGGCAAUGUUGCUGGAAAUAUGGAAGACGUAGAUGACAGAAAUGAGGGAGGAAACAAGAAUGUACAGGUGGAGCAAGGCAAGGAUGCUGGCAAGGAAGAAGGAGAUGAAAAUGAAGAAAAAUGCUGUGGUGCAAAUAUGAAGGCGAGCAACAAUGAUGAUGCAAACGAAGGUGAAGACACUAUAGACGGAAAGGAUGAAUACACAGAUGUUAAGGAGCAAGAAAGCAGUGUUGCCAGUGAAUCAAGGAACAGUGAUUGGACUGGGCAGGAAGACAGCAGUGGUCCUGGGAAUGCAGUAGACCACAGUGGUUUUGCUGCAACUGAGGAAGAAAAUCAAGAAGUUACAAAAGAGGAUAACAGUGAUGGAAACAAGGAUGAUGUAAAUGUGGAGGGAAACCAGAAUGAAGAUAAAGAAGUUGAGCAAGGUAACGUGGCUGCCAGUGAAAAAGAAGGCAGUGAUGGUGGCAAGAAAGAAAGCAGCAGUGGUAGAAUGGAAGACAGAGAAGACACCCUAGAUGUGGGCAGUGAGGAAGGCAUCCUUUUGGUGGAUUGCAUACAGUGGCCUGUGCAGGAUCUGGAGAGAGGUUGCUCAGUGACAGCUGAGCUGAUGGAGAGCCUCACGCGGGUCUUUGUGGACAGCGUGAGCAAUAGCUUCUACCCGGUGCCUCAGGAAGCCAUUGGUGUGGGCAGUGCCUUUGAGGGUUGGAUUCCUCAGGAGUGGGAUGGGGUGUACCGCGUGCUGGUCCCGCUGAAUCCCCCUCCAGGGCACGCCUUCCACCUAGAGUGGAACAGCACAGGGCAGGUGGCAGCAAGGACCUUCAGUGUCCGUGUGGAGCUGGUGUGCACGUGCAAGGGGGAGCAGCUGGGCCAGAAGCUGUUGUGCUUGCUGCACCACUCGCAGGAGGAGCUGCGGCAGGAGCGCAGCCUCCUAGAGACACUCUGCACCGGCUCCUACCUGGACGUGGAGAAAACCUCCCGCUGGUUCUACCAGUUGGUGAGAUGCUCGUGGCUGCAUGUGCCUCAGUGCUACUCAUGGCACUUGGUGUUUCAGCCCUGCAGCCGGUCCUGCCGAUUCCAGCUGAGCAGAGGCCAGAGGAGCCUGAUGGUGGAGAUGCUCUUUGGGGUGCGCCAAGGGGGCUCGGACAUCUUUGUGAGCAGCCAGCCCGCCGAGGCCAGCUUCACUGAAAGCACAGCGUGGCCUGAGACGUACGCUGUGGCAGAGGUGAAGUUCUUCCGGCACGUCGCCAGACAGGUGCCGUGUGAGAACUUGCACCUGAAAUGCCUGCAGGUCUUCACGUGCAUCCUGAGGGGCACAGGAUUUUCCAGCUCCACCUGGAAGACUGUGGUCAUGCACGCGCUGACCAUCGUGCCGCUGUCCCGGUGGAGCAGGAGGGAGUUUGUGCUGCGGCUCUGGGACAUCAUGGGCUACCUGCGCUUCUGUGUGCACUGGAGACGCCUGGAUCACUUUGUGCUGGGCAACGAGAGGCUUCCUGCAGAGAUCAGCUUGCCACCAGCAAUGCGAGGGUUUGAGCCACUCAACCUCUUUGAGCACCUGAUCCGGGAUCCGGCCGCCCACACAGAGGCAAUACAAGCUUGUGAUCAGCUGCAAUUUUGCCUCUGGAUGCUGCUCUCCGGCCACUGAGAGGAGUUCCCUGCACAGAGCUUUGCUGGGGGAGCUCACACCCAAUGGCAGCCACGUGGACACUGCAUUUGUCACUGGCAAUCCUGAAGCUGCUUUCCUGCUCCUGUGGAAGGAAGAUGCUGCGGCACAUGGAUUCCCUGUGCACUCGCAUCUCUGCCUUGCCCUUCACCUUCCAGUUACAACGGUGCUGUUGCCCAAGUCUGUGAGGCAGAAACUGGCUCCACCUGCACAUCCUCACAGAAGAGAGUGAAGCUGCUGGAAAUUGCAUCGACCACCUUGAAGGCAGAAACCUAGCCUGUUAGGGACAUAGUGUAGUUAUUCCGUGAGCUGUAGCUUUAAUGGUUUUGUAAGGAUGUAGUUUGUAGUAUAUGAAAGCACAACAGAUAGAUUUAACUCACUUUUGCAUAGGAGAAUAGGUAGUCCCCAUUUUCAUAAUGAGACUUGUUUAGUAGCAUUCCUUUCAGAGGUCCUUUAGUGUUGUCAGUGUGUAACUAUUUUGCAGUUACCCUUAGUUUAGGGAAUUGAGCUCCCCUUCUGUAGUUGCUUGCUUGCUUUUCAGUAAUAUUUGAAUAUUUCUGUUUGAAAAAUUAAUAAAAGGAGAAAAGUUUCGC